AUUUGCCCCGCAAAUCACGUCAUCGCACUGGCCGACCACAAGUCUCUCCGAGGGGCAAAAUGCUAGGCUACAAUGUGAGAGAUGGACUGUUGACAUCGGACGGAUGCGGCCGUAGCGGUGCUUUUGCGUGAGAACAGCCCGAUGACAGUGGGUUCUAGGCUAUGGGAGGAUUUCGUCCAUAAGAUGAGAGAUUACGAGGAACAGUCGAUGUGAGAAUCAGGAGCAUCUGGACUAUACUGUGUGUGUGCUUCUCCUCGCUCGGCCCAACCGAUCAACCAUCAAAGCCGGGGGCUGAAUUUGAAAUGUCGCAGGAAUAUGGGGUGACUUGUCUGGUCUUGAGACAAUGGAUGUACCUGCUUGGCUACAUGGUUGCAACCUCCCAUUCAUAGUCAUGGAUACCACCCUCUGAACUUCCUGAGGCUCCCUCAUCCUCAUAGCCCUCCCCACCCCUCCCUCUGUCUUCCCUUCUCCACCUCCCUUGCCUAUCCUUCCUUUACUUUUCUCUAUAUUCUCUCCCUCCUGGUCUUCUCUAGUCUCUCUGUGUUGGUCACUCUAUCUGUCUCGAACACGCCUACACACACGCGCGCACACACACACACACACGCACACACACAUUUAAACACACACACAAGCAGUCAACUUGAUCUUUUCUCCCCCCCCCCCUCUCUCUCUCUCUCUCUCUCUCUCUCUCUCUCUCUCUCUCUCUCUCUCUCUCUCUCUCUCUCUCUCUCUCUCUCCCCUUCUCCCUCCCCCCCACCAUGCCUUGUUUUGGCCGUUCUCUGGACUCCCCAUGCACGCUGGCCCUCCUGGUGGGCUUCCAGUUUGCCUUCGUGCUCUACUUCUCCCUGGGGGGGUUCCGGGGGCUCGUGUCCGUGUUGGUCCACACCAUCGAGCCCGAGUUCGACUACUCGCGCCCCCACGAUGUCUACACCAACCUCAGCCACCUGGGGGUGCUGUCGCUGCCUGUGGCCCACACAGGCACAGGACCCCCAAGCACAGCAGCGCCUUUAAAGGACUGCCUGAUCCCUUCACCGCUGCUGGUGGGCCCCGUUUCUGUCCGUCUGUCCUCUCCUCUGUCCCUGGAGGAGAUCCGACAGAGGAACCCUCUGGUGUUGCCGGGCGGACGCUACCGGCCGCCGGACUGCGAGCCCCGCCACCACACGGCCAUCGUGGUGCCUUACCGUAACCGUCAGACUCACCUCCGCUCUCUCCUCUACCACCUCCACCCGUUCCUGCAAAGGCAGCAGAUUCACUACAGCAUCUAUAUUGUGCACCAGUGGGGGAACGCCACCUUCAACCGGGCCAAGCUGCUGAACGUGGGGGUCCGCGAGGCUCUGAGGGACGAGGACUGGAGCUGCAUCUUCCUCCACGACGUGGACCUGCUGCCUGAGAACGACCACAACACCUACACCUGCCACAAGCAGUUCCCUACACACCUGUCUGUAGCCAUGGACAAGUUCAGAUACAGGCUGCCGUACCCCCAGUAUUUCGGAGGGGUGUCAGCGGUCACCCCGGAUCAGUAUAUGAAGAUGAACGGCUUCCCCAAUCACUACUGGGGAUGGGGCGGGGAGGAUGACGACAUCGCUGCCAGAGUGCGUCUCUCUGGGAUGAAGAUAGUACGCCCUCCUGUGGCCAUUGGCCAUUACAAGAUGAUCAAGCAUAAAGGUGACAAGGGCAACGAGCAGAACCCACGCAGGUUUGACCUGCUGAAGAGGACCAGGCUGAACUGGCGCUCUGACGGCCUCAACUCACUGACCUACGACCUUUUAUCCAAAGAGCUGGAGCCACUCUACACCAACCUGUCUGUCAACAUAGGCGACGACCCCCGUCUUCCCCUGGCCAAACUCCCGCCCCCUGUCCCCAAACACGGCGUCAAGAGAGCUGGGGGAAGGCCUAACUUCUCCCAUCACGGCACCCAGAGGGAGGGGCAGAUUGGGAAAGUGUCUUUGCCUGCCAAUGUGACUACAGCCAAGCUUGUCGGUGAGCAGACAGACCCCGCCCAGUCUAAGAAGGCAGCGAAUGAGACGACAGAGGAAAAGAUGGGUGUGGUCAAAUAGGAGCAGGAAACCGAUGGAAAUACGGGCCGCUUCUUCAAAGUCUUAACUGGCCGUGCUCCCUUUUGAUCAGCGCCGAUCAAAAAUUACAUUGAUUGUCAUCGAGUUUAGUCCUUUCACAGUAACGCAAUGGAGACACAGGAAAAGGGGAAGAAAUCCACUUCAGACUACUGGAAUGCAUUAAAGAAAGCUGUUGGAACUGCCUUUCUGCUUUAUGGAAUCCUGUGUGUUCCUACUGUGAACGAAAACGACGAGCGAUGCUAGUUAGCCACAUCCGUAGGUGAACAUCGAGCACUGUUUCCAACCAGCCUCAAAAACAUGGCACUCAACCCUGGACAGCAUUAAAAGUCCACCACAAGUCCUCGAAGCAUGUAUGUUGAAUAUGAAGCAUUAGAAAGAGAGAGAGAGAGAGUGUGUGUUUGCUUGUGUGUUUAUUUUAACUUCAAAUGCCUGAAUAACUCAAUGAGGAUUCAGACAAACCUCUCUCUGCCAUUCGGACACCAGGUUCGCAAACUAUCUGCCCACUGCUGCUGUCAGCCAAUCAUAUUCCAGCUGACUUUUAACUUCAGCCAAUCUGCUCAGACGCUGCUGCUGUUGGUCCGCCCUACUGUGUGGGUUUGUGUUUCUGUGCCUUCUCUCUUUAACGUCCCAUUUUAUAGAUUUGGAUGAAGAUUCAGAUCUCAUAAAUUAAAGGUUUCAAAUUGCUAUUGGGGGAGGCUAAACUGAUUCCAAAUCUGUGCUAAAGUACCUAUCUGGAGCAGCAUUUUAUAUGUUGUGCAACGAUCAGCUCUCUCACACUCCAGAAAUGAUCAGAUGACUGUAGAGUUUAUAUUUCUAUGAAGAAAAGUGUGUUUAUUUGUUUACAUUGAUGUAUCUAUUUACUGUUUGGUGCCUCUUUAGAUUGUGAUCUUUUGAUUUUAAGACAAUCCGAGCGUAGAAGUGAAACUGUGUUACUUACCGAUUGCCUCACAAAAUAGAUGAAUCUCAUAACUAUCUUCAUGCCUGCCAGAUAUUGUAGACUUGGCUAUAUGUAGUUAUAGUUUGAAUAUAUAUACUGUAUAUGUACAUAUAUUCUCUUUAUGUGAAUGAACUUGUGCUCACUGAUUUUGGUGAUUUUCCUUUUUUGUAGCCAGUAUGAACAUUUUGGGUUAUACUGUAGACAUGUGACUUAACAUUUGCCAGUUCAUGAUUGUGUUUUGAUAUGAGAAAAGCUGCUGUUAUGACAAUGCACUUGGAAAGACAUUAGGUGUUCUUUAUUUCCACUAUCCACAGCAAGGUGUCCUUGGUUCGUGCUAUGGGGUUAUAUAAACCUUUCUAGUCUCUCACUCAAUAGGCACCAACCUCUAAACAUGGGGGAAAACAUCUUUCACCACAGCGCAAAGGAAAGGAAGAUGAACUAUUACAUUUAGACAUGAUGACAGAGAUUUACGAUAUGUGAUUAUGGGUCCCUUUAGUAUUCAUAUACACAUAUUUUGUUUUCCAUCUCUUCCAUUUUGAAUGUAAUGUUCAUACUAAAGCACUGUUGGUGAUGGAAAUGACUGCUUGGAGCAUGUAGCAGAGGGCGCCUGUGUUGGUUUAUAUUUCCUGCUGUUGAUGUGUACAGUAUAUCACAUCAGUAUAUCACAUCAGUAUUUCACAUCAGUUCCCAAUAUGAUUGGAUAAGGGUCUAAUAAGUACAUCUGAACAUCAUAUUUAUGCUACUAGAAUAAUUCAAAAGAAUCUGUAAUAUCUUGUUUUUAGGAUGACUGAUUAUAUCGUAUUGUACAAUAAUUUUACUUUGACUUACUGUAACUUUUACUCAUACGUAAUAUUACAGAUAAUAAGCUAAUCUGAAUAUAUUUUCAGUCAACCACUGUUUGUACUAACUCUACUAUACUAUACUCAAGCAUAAAC